AUGGAGGAAAUUAAAAAUUCAAUGGUUUCGGUCAAUGUACCGGCGGUACAAUUCGAAUCGAACAAAGAAUUCCAGACUAAGGGAGUACUUUAUGAUGGCGAUAGUGGUUUCUUACGUUACCGCCACAAGUUUAUCCAGCCCAAAGGUGACACUCAGGCAAAUCGUGAAAUCCUGACCACAUUGCUGGCUACCCAGGGUGAUAAUAGUAGUGAUUUUGUGGAAAAGUUAAUAGCCGAGGAUAUAUCCUAUAGGGAUUUGGCGUCGUUGACUCACGAUGACCUUGAAUUGAUGGGCUUCAAUAAACGUAAACAACGUGAAGAAUUGUUGGCAUUCUUUGAACAAUUGCCCAAUCAGGAUCCAUCAUACGAACAAAUCUGCCAUUUGAAAGAAGCCUACACCUAUAAUCGCAAAAUCCUUAACAAUGCCAACCAGCAUUUGGAAACAAUGCGUUCUGCUUUGGCGGCUGCAAAUUAUAAAUUACAAAUUAUGCCUCCGGAUGAUGUUAUCGUGGGUGAGAAAUCUUUCGCCAGCCGUUUUGUGUUGGAGGCCCUCAAUGAGUUGUAUGGCGUUACCGAUGACAUUGACAAGGAAAUUAAAAGCAUAGAAGAGGUUUGUAAAAAAAGACUUGUUUUGUUCAUUUAA